CCUUUCAUAGCUUGACCCGAUCUGUGGCCCGGCCUGGCCCAAGGCUUGGCCUGUGGACCAGCCCGGCCUAUAGCACGGCAUGGGCCAACGUGGGCUUGAGCCAUGGACCAUGCCAGGGCGACCCCCCGAAGUAGGAAGCAUGGCCCGACUCAGCACCACCCAGCAAAAGCACGGGGCGCCCAUAGGCUGUGCCAUGACCCUAUUUACACCUCUCCCUACACGCUACUUUGCUUAGUGUUAAUUAUGUUUGCCUUGCUGCUCACCAGGUACAUCUUAUAAAUCUCAACCUGAACAAAGAGGUUAUGCUUACAUUCAGCUGGGCAUGGAACAUAGGAACUCCCACCAGAGAUGGCGCCUCACUUCCCUGAUUAUCUUUGCUUGCAAGUCACUGAUCUCUUCUGGUUUUCCCAAGCAGCUUACAGCUGUGAACAACGAGGAGCUCCAUUUCAGGCUCCCACGCACUGAUUCUUACAUCCUUGAUAUAUUACCUGAUGCUGACGAAAUUCACGGGAGUGCAUUACAACGCAUUGACCAACAAAAGCUGAAUCAAAUCGUAAGGGAUAAGAACCUCGAAGAUUUGAGACGGCAUGGAGGAGUGCAAGGAGUUGCAAAAGCCCUUGAAGUCGAUGUUGGGUGUGGAAUCAACGAUGUAGAGUGUCGACGUGAUAUGUUUGGUUCCAAUACCUACCAAAAGCCACCUCCCAAAGGUCUCCUCUAUUUUGUGUUGAAAGCUUUCAAAUAUAAUGCCAUUUCCGUCCUCUUGGCUUGUUCUAUACUGUCUCUCGGAUUUGGCAUAAAGGAAAACGGCUUCAAACAUGGAUGGUAUGAUAAUGGAAGUAUCACCAUUGCAGUACUUCUGGCGGUGGUUGUUUUUGCAGUGCAUAACUUCAGGCAAUCUAGACAGUUGGAAAAGAUAUCGAGCAUCCGCAACAACAUUCAGGCUGACGUCGUCAGAGACGGGUGUCGGCAACAGAUUUCCAUCUUCGACAUCGUGGUAGGAGAUGUUGCAUAUUUGAAGAUAGGUGAUCAAAUUCCUGCAGAUGGCUUGUUCUUGGAUGGCUAUUCCUUACAGGUGGAUGAGUCAAGCAUAACUGGGAAGAGUAACUAUGUGGAUAUUGAUGCCACUGAGAAUCCUUUCCUGUUAUCGGGCGCCAAGGUGGUGGACGGGUUUGGUCGCAUGCUUGUCACUUCAGUUGGCAUGCAAACAGAAUGGGGCAAGUUGAUGAGCUCAAUAAACCGUGAUAUUGGUGAGCGGACACCAUUACAAGCUCGCCUCUACAAACUACUUUCGUCUAUUGGCAAAAUUGGUAUAACAGUGGCCUUCCUUGUACUUGUAGUGUUGUUGGCUCGUUACUUCACAGGAAAUAGAGAAGACAAUAAUGGCACUAAAGAGUUUGUUAGCAGCAAGACAAAUAUCAAUAAAACUUUUACUGCAAUUGUGCGCACUGUCGCUGAUUCUGUUACCAUUGUUGUUGCUGCUAUUCCGGAAGGCUUGCCAUUGGCUGUCACGCUGAUUCUUGCUUAUUCCAUAAAACAAAUGAUGGCUGAUCAAGCGAUGGUUCGAAAACUCUCUGCUUGUGAAACAAUGGGCUCGGUCACUACUAUCUGCACCGAUAAAACGGGCACAUUGACCAUGAACCAAAUGAAAGUGGCUGAAUUUUGGAUUGGCCUACAAAAGAUGAGAAAUGAUGCCUUAUCAACAAUUGCUACGAGUGUUAUUGAAUUGCUUAACCAAGGAGUUGGUCUGAACACGAUUGGUAAUGUGUAUCAACCUACUUCAGGAGCAAUACCUGAGUUCUCUCGGAGUCCAACUGAGAAAGCCAUUCUUUCAUGGGCUAUAUCGGAACUGAACAUGGAUAUGGAUGAAUUGAACAAAAAUUGUACCAUUCUCCAUGUUGAAUCGUUCAACUCAGAGAAGAAAAGAAGUGGCAUUUCAGUGAAGAAGAAGGGUGAGAAGAUUAUCCAUGUGCAUUGGAAGGGGGCUGCAGAGAUGAUACUAGCUAUGUGUUCAAGUUACCAUGAGAGUACAGGAACCAUGAAAUCCAUGGAUGAUGAUUGUAGGAUGAAGAUCAAUCAAAUAAUUCAGGAUAUGGCAGCCAACAGCCUCCGUUGCAUUGCUUUUGCCUACAAGAAUAUCUUAGAUGAAGAGUUCAGAUACAAUGAAAACAAGAAGGCCCAGCAAAACUGGGGAGAAGAUGGUCUGACGUUUUUAGGUCUAAUGGGUUUGAAGGACCCAUGUAGACCAGGGGUGAAAACAGCUGUGAAAGUUUGUGAAGAUGCAGGAGUGAGCAUCAAAAUGAUAACUGGAGAGAAUAUUUUCACUGCAAGGGCAAUAGCCAUUGAAUGCGGGAUUCUUAAGGCAAAUCAAGAUAUGAGUAAUGGAGAAAUUGUUCAAGGUAUGGAAUUUCGAAACUACACAGAGGAAGAGAGAAUGUCUAAAGUUGAUAAAAUCCGGGUAAUGGCCAGGUCUUCCGAUUUUGAUAAGCUUCUAAUGGUACGAUGCUUGAAACGAAAAGGCCACGUGGUAGCUGUAACCGGUGAUGGGACAAAUAAUGCGCCCGCUUUCAAGGAAGCUGAUAUUGGGGUUGCAAUGGGGAUCCAAGGCACUGAAGUAGCUAAGGAAGGUUCUGAUAUUGUCAUACUGGAUAAAAACUUCGCUUCUAUGGCCAAGUUAGUGAGAUGGGGGAGAUAUUUUUACAACAACAUUCAAAAAUUCACCCAAAUACAACUCACUGUGAACGUUACUGCUCUUGUGAUUAACUUUGUUGCAGCAGUCUCUGCUGGCGAAGUCCUGUUAACUGCAGUCCAGUUGUUGUGGGUUAACUCAAUCCUGGGCACACUAGGCACUCUGGCUCUAGCAACUGAUCAACCUACCAACGAGCUCAUGGAGAAACCACCAGUAGGUCGGACUGAACCAAUUAUAACCAAUGUCAUGUGGAGGAAUAUCAUUGCUCAAGCUCUGUACCAGAUAACUAUACUUUUGAUAUUACAGUUCAAAGGCACAUAUAUCUUUAAGGUAAAUGAGAAAGUUAAGGACACCCUAAUUUUCAAUACUUUCGUGCUUUGCCAAAUCUUUAAUGAGUUCAAUGCACGGAAGCUUGAGAAGAAAAAUGUCUUUGAAGGUAUACAAAAGAAUUGGUUGUUUUGGGGGAUUAUUGGAAUAACUCUCAUUUUGCAGGUGAUGAUGGUGGAAAUUUUUAAAAAGUUUGCAGAUACAGAAAGGCUAGAUUGGGGGCAAUGGGUUGCAUGUAUUGGAAUAGCUGCUAUAUCUUGGCCAAUUGGUUGGAUUGUCAAGUGCAUACCGGUUUCAACUGAUACAGGCUUAUAUAGGUACAAAGGGCUUAACCAAACUAUCAAGGAGAAGAAUCUGCACCAUCUGAAAGUGUCAUACAGUGGGGUUGCUGGAGUUGCCCGCUUUCUUCUAGCUGAUACAGUUAAUGGGAUUUCUGAUAGUGCCGAAGAACUAGGCCGCCGCCGUGACUUGUUUGGUUUCAACACAUACAGGAAGCAAAAAGGCUCCUUCCAUUUUAUUUGGGAAGCUUUUAAAGAUACUUCCACUCUCAUUGCCUUGGGCGCUGCCAUCCUUUCUCUGUUCUUCGGAAUCAAAGCAAACGGGCCGAAAGAUGGUUGGUAUGAUGGUGGGAGCGUGCUGUUCACUGUCUUUCUGGUUGUUGCUAUGUCUGCUAUAAGCAAAUUCAGGCUUUCAAGACAAUUUGAAAAGACAUCGAAUUUGUGUAACAUCAUCCAAGUUGAGGUCAUCAGAGGCGGGCAUCAUCUACAGAUUGCCUUUUCUGAAAUUGUAGUGGGAGAUGUUGUAUGCAUAAAUGUUGGUGAUCAAAUUCCAGCUGACGGCUUGUUCUUGGAUUGCCACUCGUUAGAGGUGGAUGAAUCAAGAUUGACUGGGGAGAGUAAGCAUGUGGCGAUUGAUGGCAGCAAGAAUCCCUUUCUCCUCUCAGGUGCUAUGGUAGUGAAUGGCCAUGGCCACAUGCUCGUCACAUCUGUGGGCAUGAAUACGAAGUGGGGCCAUGUGAUGAAUUCGAUCAACCAUAAUGCAGAUCAGCAAACCCCACUACAAGCUCAGCUUGAUUAUCUAUCUUCUUUCUUAUGUAAGGUUUUUCUGGCAAUUCCAUUCCUUGCUCUAUUGGGAAUGGGGGUGCAUGACUUGAUGAGAAACCAUGAAUUAGAUGGAAGCAACCCCAAUAUAAACAAUCUGAUGAACGCUUUGUCAGGUAUGCGGGGAUUUGUGUCUGUAAAUGCUGCAGUUGCAAUUGUGGUGGUGGCAAUUCCUGAAGGCCUGCCAUUGGUUAUUAUUAACACUCUAACUUACUCCAUGAAGAAAAUGAUGGAUACUCAUGCAGUUAUGGUUCAGAAACUUUCUGCCAUUGAGACUUUGGGCAUAGCCACCACCAUCUGCAUAAAUAAAACCAACAUGUUGACUUUGAACCAGAUGGAAGUCACAGAGUUUUGGCUUGGUGAAGAAAUAAUGAAUGACGAUGCAUUCUCUGCAGGCUCAGCAACAGCCUCCCAUCUUUUAGAAAUGCUACAACAGGCAAUUAUUCUGAACACAGUUGAAGUUUAUGACUGUAAACAUGCUUCAGAAAUGUUGCCCCUCUUUUGCAGUAGCCUAACGGAAAAAUGCAUUCUCUCAUGGGUUGUGUCAAAGUUGCAAAUAGAUGUGAAUAUGGUGAAGGAAAGUUGCACAAUCCUUCAUGUUGAAGCCUCGAAUCCAGAGAAGAAACGAAGUGGUGUUUCCACAAGGAAGAAGGGUGACAAGACAAUCAAUAUACAUUGGAAGGGAGAUGCUGACAUGAUAUUGGGAAUGUGUUCACAUUAUCAUGGGAGAAAUAGGACCACAAAAAGCAUGGAUGAAGGCAAAAGGACGGAGUUCAAGCAAAUAAUUAAACAUAUAGCAAGUAAAAGCCUUGGAUGCAUUGCCUUCGCCUACAAACAAAUCCAAGAUGUAGAGGAGAGUGAGGAAGUAAUGGUUCAGAGGCUCCAAGAAGAUUGCCUGACCUUAUUAGGCCUGGUAGGUCUGAAGCAUCCAUGUCCACAAGCUAUGAGCAUGGAGGUGAAGGCUUGUACAGAUGCUGGGGUGAAUGUCAAGUUGAUAACUGAAGGUGAUGUCCUUGAUGCAAGAGCUCUAGCCAUCACAAGUGGAAUACUUGGACCUAAUCAUGAGGACCCAAAAAAUGAAGCAGUGGUGGAAGGUGAGCAAUUCAAAAACUACUCACUUGAAGAAAGAAAAGAGAAGGUUGAUAAAAUCAGGGUAAUGGCAAGGUCUUCCUCCUAUCACAAGCUGCUCAUGGUACAGUGCAUAAAGGAAAAAGGCCAUGUAAUUGCAGUCACUUGUGAUGGCCCAAAUGAUUUGCAAGCAGUCAAAGAAGCUAAUGCUGAUGUUGUGAUUGCCACAGGGACACAAUACAUUCAAACAAAGGAGAGUUCAGACAUCAUCAUUUUAGGUGGUAACUUCAUUUCUGUAGCUGCAGUUUUGAAGUGGGGAAGAUGUAUCUACAACAACAUCCAAAAAUUCAUCCAGUUCCAGCUCACAGUUAAUGUCUCUGCCCUAGUGAUCAACUCCAUUGUAACUAUUUCUUCAGGUGAAGUCCCUCUAACAGCAUCCCAGUUGUUGUGGGUAAACCUGAUCAUGGACGUAUUGGGAGCCUUGGCACUAGCAACCGAGCAACCCAGUGAUGAGCUCAUUGAAAAGCCACCAGUGGCUAGAACAGAGACCCUCAUCACCAGGGUCAUGUGCAGGAACCUCAUAGGUCAGGCUCUAUUUCAAGUGACCAUCGUGCUGACCCUACAAUUCAAGGGAGUUCAUAUCUUUCAGGUGAGCAAGAAGAUUAAUGAUACACUCAUUUUCAACACUUUCGUCUUCUGCCAAAUCUUUAACCUUUUCAAUUCAAGGACGCUAGAAAAGAAUAACAUACUUAAGGGGAUACAUAAGAACCAAUUAUUCCUAGGCAUUGUGGUGAUAGCUGUAGUUCUUCAAAUGAUGAUGGUGGUAUUUCUGAAUAGAUUCUCCAACACUGAGAGGUUGAAUUUGAAGCAAUGGAGUGAAUGUAUUGGACUUGCAGCUUUAUCUUGGCCAAUUGGUUGGGUUGUCAAGUGCAUACCAGUUUCUUCUAAGCUACUUUAUCAUAACCACCAUUUUGCUUCCUGUAAAAAGACUGCCUAAAAGAACUGGUAAAUAGUGCUCAGUGCUUUUUCUCAGUUUCCACUUGUAAAUAAUGGCCGAGUUCCUUUGUGAUUACUGCCUGAGCUCAACAGGGAAAUUUCCACCAAGUUCCAAUACCAAUUACUCAAGAUGAAGGUAUAUUUUGCAAGGUCAGAGUACAGUUUCCAGAUUUCAUCACUUAUCUCUCGCCCUCAAAAAUCUGUGCCAUCAUUUAAUGUAGAUGGUAUUAUACGCAGCAUGAAACAGUGUUUAAGCCCAAGGUUUAAAAUUUCGAUACGAUACGCCCAAUACGGGGCGUAUCGUAUCGUAUCUUUUAAAAACCGAUACAGGAUACGCAUGAAAAUCGAACGUUUCAUCUUUUUUCAUGUGUAUCGGACCCGUAUCGGGGGCAUAUCGGGGCGUAUCAGUAGCAUAUCGGCGAAAAAGAUAUGGCCAAAAACUAAAAAAAAAAAAUUAAGGGGAAAGCAAGCUUCUUUUCCCCAAAAUAAACCUUCUUUCACC